GUUAUCCUUGAAGAAGGCACACAUAAAGAAGCACAUUGAGAAGAAACCUGUUCUGGGAAAUGAACCCUGACUAAAACUUCCAGUUAUGGAAAAUGGAAAAUGUGAAAAAUUUUGACGAUGAAAGAUUUGAGACAGAACAUCAAAGUUUAAUGAAUUUUGAAGAUAAAAGUACUGUAAAAUGGGAAAAUGUGAAUGAUUCUGAUGGUGAAAGAAUUGACACAAAACAUGAAAAUAAAAAUGAAAUCAGGCACAUUAUGAAUGAACAUGAUACAGUUUCUAAUCAUGCUAAUAUUGACAUAAAACUUGAAGAUAUAGAUUUUGAUGGUGAAGAUGUUGAAGAAAGUAAUGAUGUAAAACAGGAAAACAGUGAAAGUAUGAACAUUAAACAUGAAAAUGAAAUGGUAGGCCUAAUACAUGUACUGGCAUGAAACUUGAAAAUCUUGCAGGUUUUGAAGGUGAAAGACUUGAUAUCAAACCAGAACAUAUGAAAAAUGUGGAUAAUGAAAGUGUUGAUAUCAAACCUGAAAAUGUGAAAAGUUUUUAUGAAGAAAGUUCUGAUGUAAAACAGGAAAUUAUCAGUGAAAGUAUGAACAUAAAACAUGAAAAUAAGAUGGAUUCUAAUGAUGAUAUUGGCAUAAAUCUUGCAGGUUUUGAUGGUGAAAGUGUUGAUGUCAAAUCUGAAAAUGUGAAAAGUUUUGAUGGUGAAAGUAUGAACAUAAAACAUGAAAAUGAAAUGGAUUCUAGUGAUGAUGAUAUUGGCAUAAAAUUUGAAAAUCUUGCAGGUUUUGAAGGUGAAAGACUAGAUGUUCAACAAGAACAUAUGAAAAAUGUGGAUAAUAAAGGUGUUGAUAUCAAACCUGAAAAUGAAAAUAAAUUUGAUGGCAAAAGUAUUGAUGUUGAACCAGAAAAUGUGAAAUAUGUGAAUGGGGAAAGUGUUGAUGUCAAACGAGAAAUUGUAAAGAAUUUUGAAAGCCAAAGUGUCUGUAUCAAACGAGAAGAAAAGAAUCCCAGACUUGACAAAAAAGUAGUCCAGUUUAAGGAUAGAAAGAAUAAAAACAAGACAAAGGUUAAUUGUAAAAAUAAAAUAAUAAUCCACUGUUACAAAUAUUUCAAGUGCAGAUAUUGUGGUAAACCCUUCAAAAAUCAAGCCAAGCUAUAUCCACAUGAAAUGAAACAUAGACCAGUAGUUGCAGUUAGCAGAAAAAAAAGAGAAAAAAAAUUAUUAUGUGAAUACUGUAGCAAAACAUUUUUGUGUUUGCAACAGUUGAAAAAUCAUAUAAAUUUCCAUACUGGUGAAAAACCUUUUAAAUGUAAAUAUUGUGGAAAAUGUUUUGCUCAGCAAGGAAGUUUGAGGUUACAUGAAAAUAUACACACACGUGAAAAAACUUAUAGAUGUCUAUUAUGUAAUAAAAUACUUUCAACUUCCUCUUCACUUAGAUCACAUCAUAAGUUCAUUCAUUCUCCAGAAAGUAAGAAACUGUUCAAGUGUGAACAUUGCAGUAGAGCCUUUUAUUGUAAAUAUAAAUUGAGAAAUCAUAUUAGGACCCAUACUGGAGAGAAACCAUAUAAAUGCAACUAUUGUGAUAAAUUCUUCUCAUGGAAAAGGGGGCAAAAACAGCACGAACUAGGUCAUGAGAAACCAUUCAUAUGUGAAUUUUGUUCUCAUGGCUUCUCCAAACCAGCAUAUUUGUUAAAACAUCAAGAAACUGUUUGUAACAAACCGAUUUCUGGAGGUAGUAAAAUAACAGAUCAAAAAGGAAAGAAUACAGAUAGUAAGAAACAUAAGAAAUGUGAACAUUGUAAAAUGUCAUUUUCAUUAUUGUCGAGAUUAAGAGAGCAUAUGAGGGUUCACACUGGUGAGAAGCCCUACCAAUGCAAACAUUGUGAAAAAUGUUUUUCAUCCCUAACUGGUAGGAGACAACAUGAGUUUUCACAUGAAAAACCUUUCGAAUGCAAAGAAUGUCACAAGAAGUUUUCUAAACCUGCCUAUCUUGUGAAACAUCAAUCGACACAUACUAGCAAAAAAUGAUGAGUAGGGCUAAAGGGAGCCAUAUGAUUAGAUUCAGUAUUUUUCAUCCUGGAAUAUGUCUGAGUGAAUAUAUCGUAGCUAGGGUAUAUUGUUCAUGUAUAUACAAUGUUGGAAUUUAGAAUACUGCGUCAACUACUUUGAUCUGAUAUGUUUUGUCUGUAUUAUGAUUUAAAAUUAUUGCCAUAUACUUGUAUAAUUCAAAGAAAAACUUAAUGUAUAUCAACAUGGAAUGAAAUACAAAUUAUUACGUUUUGAUAGGCACAUAGGUUAGUUUUUUCAAUGUUACAUUUUCAACCUUCAGUUCCAAUACAUGUAAGACUAGAGAUGUCAAUUUAACAACGCUGUGUUGUAACCACUUUGGUAACAUAGCAUCCAUUUUAUUGAGUGCUCUUAGAGAAAUGGACAAUUUGCCAUUGCUUCCAUGCAGCAAUUAAAUUUGUAUUGACCUGAUAAAAUUGAUUCAUUUUAACUAAAACGUGAUCAAGAUUGACGAACCACAAAGUAAUGGUACUGAUAUUGACUUAGAAUUUGCCAAAUUGAAAAGUGGCAAAAUAGCGUCCGUGUACACUUAAUCUGAAAACAUGGUUGCCACAAUUUGCCAGAUUGGCAGUCAGUCCAUUGCUUGACUGGCAACCGGGUUUUCUGAUCCAUAAUCAUUGAGAAUAAAACGUGUUUUUUUAGUUAUUGGCAAUGAAACAACAUUGACCUUCAAAUGCCAAGUAGCACAUGUUAUCAUAUUUUCUUAAGGUAGAUGGAGUGGACCAAUUUUGGAACGUCGAUAUUCAAACCAACAUACGUGUAUGUACCUGGUACAUCCUGCAAAUCAGGCAAAUUACUCUCUACUAUGACAACCUUAGCGUACAUGUAUGUUCAAAAUCGUAAAAUUACAUUUGGCGAAAGAAAGAGAUUUUAAGUUCGUUUAGUUUUUUUAAAACUGUAUAAGAUUUAUAAAAUAUAUAACAAAUAUAAUUUAACAUUCAGAAAUGAGGUGGAAACGACAGAAAACAGCGAGGAAUAGAGAAACUAGAACAUUAUCAAAUAGCAAUUUUAUUAAAAAAAUACAGUGAAAUAAUUAAAAUGAAACGCCUCUAGGAGUAAAAUACUUUUCAGACGUUCCAAGACUAACUGACUUAAUAUUAAAGGGAUGUUUCUUGCCAGAUCAUUUGCCAGUACCUAUAAUAAUACAUGUAUAUAUACUUUCCGGAUUUUCAAAAGAAUUAAAUCAUAGACAAAAUUGAAUAAGAAUAUUCAACUGGUUUUGUAAUUCUUAAUAGCUUGUUAUCUAAUGCUAUUUUGCAAAGUUGGGGUCGAUGACAUCACUCCUGACGUGAAAUGUCAUAAGAUGGGAGCACUUCAUUUUUCAAAAUUGUGUCAUGAUUUAAUGGUUAUAGUUUAAGGAGAGACAGCCUGGCAAGG